CCGAGCUGGCGCAGUUUCCCAGCGCGGUGCCCGCCCCUCAUCCUCCUCCAGUCUCCCUCCCCUCGCCGACUGCCGCCCCAGGCUCCGCCAUGGGGAAUGUGCCAUCUGCGGUGAAGCACUGCCUCAGCUACCAGCAGCUUCUCCGGGAGCAUCUCUGGAUCGGGGAUUCAGUGGCAGGGGCGCUCGACCCCGCGCAGACUUCUGUUCUAACAAACCUUCACGGCUUUCAGCCCGAUGUCUCUGGCUUCUCAGUCUCCUUGGCAGGCUCGGUGGCUUGUAUCCACUGGGAAACAUCCCAGUUAUCUGGACUCCCUGAGUUUGUUAAAAUAGUAGAAGUUGGGCCUAGGGAUGGAUUGCAGAAUGAAAAGGUUAUAGUUCCUACAGAUAUAAAAAUUGAAUUUAUCAAUCGACUUUCCCAAACUGGCUUGUCUGUAAUAGAAGUGACUAGCUUUGUGUCUUCCAGAUGGGUACCACAGAUGGCUGAUCACACUGAAGUAAUGAAAGGCAUUCAUCAAUAUCCAGGAGUUCGCUAUCCUGUCCUUACUCCUAAUCUUCAGGGUUUUCACCAUGCUGUUGCUGCUGGAGCUACUGAGAUAUCAGUUUUUGGAGCUGCAUCUGAAUCCUUUAGCAAGAAGAAUAUUAACUGUUCCAUUGAAGAAAGUAUGGGAAAAUUUGAGGAGGUUGUUAAGUCUGCAAGACACAUGAAUAUUCCAGCACGAGGGUAUGUGUCUUGUGCUCUGGGCUGUCCAUAUGAAGGAAGUAUUACACCGCAAAAAGUGACAGAAGUGUCUAAGAGAUUGUACGGCAUGGGUUGUUAUGAGAUCUCUCUAGGAGACACAAUUGGAGUGGGAACUCCAGGAAGUAUGAAAAGAAUGUUGGAAAGUGUGAUGAAAGAAAUCCCACCAGGUGCUCUUGCUGUUCACUGUCAUGACACAUACGGACAAGCCUUAGCAAAUAUCCUUACGGCCCUUCAGAUGGGAAUUAAUGUGGUGGACUCCGCAGUAUCCGGAUUAGGUGGCUGCCCUUACGCAAAAGGUGCUUCUGGGAAUGUAGCCACUGAGGAUUUGAUAUAUAUGCUUAAUGGCCUGGGGCUCAAUACAGGUGUGAAUCUAUACAAAGUGAUGGAAGCUGGUGACUUUAUUUGCAAAGCUGUGAAUAAAACCACAAACUCUAAAGUAGCACAAGCCUCCUUCAAUGCUUGACUUGAAUGGAUUUAUGACGUACAGUUGAGAAGAUCAAUUUCAGCUACAAUACUCAUCUGAAAAUCAUUAAUGCCAACUUGCUCUGAUAUGUGAAGUAAUGGACAAGAGUGGGAAAAAAGAGAUCCUUUUCAAAAAGAUUAUAACUGGAUAGAUUAAGUCAACAAAAUGCAAUAUCAGUCAUCAGGUAAAUUACAAGCUGAGGAUAAAUAAUAAAACUUGUCGUAAUUUUGAA